AUGACGGCGGAGGAGCGAAAAGCAGCUGAAAGCUUUCAAAAUAUGCUCAAAGCAUUGAUUGAAGCGGAGCAAAAGGCACUCAAUGAGCAUGCUACAGGUGAAAACAGCGAAGCCAGAGACUAUGAUCGUGCCAGUGCCGAAGACUUCAUUGCUCAAUUAAAGGCAAGGUUGACGGAGCAAGAUCCAGCUACAAUAACAGAUGAAUCUCAAAUGGAUGUGGUAAUGAACCUUGUACAGUCAUUCUUUGCCAAAGAUAUAAUGUAUGGUCCACUGAAGGCACUGCUGGAAAAAUUCCCAAAGUAUGGUUUAAUUUUAUGGUAUUUUGUGAUUUUCGAUUUACCAAAAAAAUAG